UGUCUACACGUGUUUGUGUGUGCUCGGAGUGUCCUUGCACAGCUGCGUGUGCCCCGUGAGAGCGAACGAGACCCAGCAAGUCCUGGCACGGGCGGGAACGUGCGGAGUGUGCAUCCUGCGUGUCCCUCCUCAGCUCCCAGCUUAUCCUGCGAGACCGUGCGUGAGUGGAAGGCGCCCAGGUGGCCCUGCCUCCCGUGUGUGUGCGCGCGCGGGGUCCCGGGCCGGCGCGCGCCGGUGUGAGUGCGAGUGAGUGCGGCGCCGCUCGGCUCGCUCGGCUCCGCACCGCCCGCGCAGCCCGCACGCUCGCACUGCUUGGUUGCUACCAGGGUGACGCGGGCUGGGCCCGCCCCCUGCCUGCUGGCCCCUGGCACUCACUAGCGCCCGCAGCUGCCGAGCGGGUAGCAGCCGCGUCAGGGCCGUCCUGGGGCGCCGCCGGCGCUGCCCAAACGCCCCCGUCGCUUCCCACCGGCCGGCCGAGCCGCCCCCGGGCCGGGGCCGCGCCAGACCAGGCCGGGCUGCGCCCGGGCGGGACCGCGCUGCCUGCAUGACCCUCCGGCGGCGCGGGGAGAAGGCGGCCAUCAGCAUACAAGAGCAUAUGGCCAUCGACGUGUGCCCCGGCCCCAUCCGACCCAUCAAGCAGAUCUCCGACUACUUCCCCCGCUUCCCGCGGGGCCUGCCCCCGGCCACCGGGCCCCGCGCCGCUGCACCUCCGGACGCCCCCGCGCGCCCGGCCGAGGCCAGCGCUGGCCGGCGCAGCCCCUCCGACGGCGCCCGCGAGGACGACGAGGAUGUGGACCAACUCUUCGGAGCCUACGGCGCCAGCCCGGGCCCCAGCCCCGGCCCCAGCCCCGGCCCCAGCCCCGCGCGGCCGCCCGCCAAGCCGCCCGAGGAGGAGCCAGACGCCGACGGCUACGAGUCCGACGACUGCACCGCCCUGGGCACGCUGGACUUCAGCCUCCUCUAUGACCAGGAGAACAACGCCCUGCACUGCACCAUCAGCAAGGCCAAGGUGCCCAAGCUGAUGUUCUCUCCAAAGGGCCUGAAGCCGAUGGACCACAACGGGCUGGCGGACCCCUAUGUCAAGCUGCACCUGCUGCCCGGAGCCAGUAAGGCGAAUAAGCUCAGAACAAAAACCCUUCGAAACACUCUGAACCCCACGUGGAACGAGACCCUCACUUACUACGGAAUCACGGACGAAGACAUGAUUCGGAAGACCCUGCGGAUCUCCGUGUGCGAUGAGGACAAAUUCCGCCACAACGAGUUCAUCGGGGAGACGCGAGUGCCCCUGAAAAAGCUGAAGCCCAACCACACCAAGACGUUCAGCAUCUGCCUGGAGAAGCAGCUGCCGGUGGACAAGACGGAAGACAAGUCCCUGGAGGAGCGGGGCCGCAUCCUCAUCUCCCUCAAGUACAGCUCGCAGAAGCAGGGCCUGCUGGUCGGCAUUGUGCGCUGCGCACACCUGGCCGCCAUGGACGCCAAUGGCUACUCGGAUCCCUACGUGAAAACGUACCUGAAGCCCGACGUGGACAAGAAAUCCAAGCAUAAGACAGCAGUGAAGAAGAAGACCCUGAACCCAGAGUUCAACGAGAGCACCAUGGAAACCAGUGGGAGGCAGGACUCCACAAAGAAGGGGGUGGUCAGCAGAACUAGACCCAAGAGAAGUCAAGCGCAGCAAGGCUGGGAAACGAGUUCUGCUACGAGAUUAAGCAUGGGGACCUGGCCAAGAAGACCCUGGAGGUCACGGUUUGGGAUUAUGACAUUGGAAAAUCCAACGAUUUCAUUGGCGGUGUUGUUCUGGGCAUCAACGCCAAGGGUGAGCGCCUGAAGCACUGGUUUGACUGCCUGAAGAACAAAGACAAGCGGAUCGAACGCUGGCACACGCUCACCAACGAACUCCCUGGGGCCGUGCUCAGCGACUGACCGCCCCCACCUGCCACCGCACCCGUCCUUGCCUGUCACUUGGCCCAACGCAGGCCUGGUCCUGGGCUUCCUCAGCUGCUACCAAGGGCCUCGGCCCCCUCGUUGGGGGAGAUCCAGGACACCUGUUCGGACACAACCGCUGCAGCCCCCGCUCGGAGGCCACGGAGGGCCCAGCCACUCCGAGGAACACCGAGGGCAGAGGGCCAGGCCUGCUUUCAGUCCCUGCGGCCUGAUAGGGCCAGAGGUGAGAGGAGAGGAGCUUGGCCUCAGCACCCACCCCAGCGACCGGGAAGGGUCUGUCCAGGAGACGAGGACCCUACUAGAGGUCAGCAGUAAGUCACAUGGGACCCAGGCUGAGAGACCAGGAGUGCAGGGGCGCCUGGAUGGGGCCGGCGAGAACUCCUGAGGGGAACAUUAGGAAGAGGGGCUUGGGAGGAGGAGACUGGGGACAGGACUCUGACUUCAUCUGUUCGUCUCUGGCAUUACGGGGCGGGCGGGUGGGAAAAGGCUGACCUGAGAGCCAGGAAUCUAGUGAAGUUCCCAGAAGCUCCCAGUGAACUCGGGCACUUGGCAAAUGCUUCACUCAAGGAUUUCGCAAGCCCCUGGGGACGAAUGAAACCCAGAGCCCGCCCUCAGGGAGUUCCCGGUCUAGUCAGGGAGCAGGAAACAAAUCAUCACAGUGGAGAGUGAGGACUGCCAAGGUCAGCCUGGCCCACCUGCUACUGCUCUGGAUUCUGCUGGGAGGGCAGGGAGGGCUCCGUGGAGGAGGUCACGCUGCAGCGAGGCCUGGACGGGUGGUGGCGUGUUCAGGCAGACAAAGGCGAAGGGCCGCGAGGGCAGUGGGAAUGGUCAGCAAAGGCCUGCAGAGGAGAGAACAGCGAUUGGGCCAGGGACUCCGGGAAUCUCUGGGGCGCAGGGUUUGUUAGGACAGGAGUGGGGCCCCAGAGGGGUGGUACCCAGCCCUGCUCCCCCCUGCCCCAUCCCCGGCUGCCAGGCCAGGGGGCUCACAGUCGUGGGGGCAGCGACGGAAGCCCUGUGGGGAAUCGUGUUGGUGCAGCCACAGUUCAGUCCUCAGACCCAGUUUGCCCACCUCUGAUCACUCUGUGCUCCCAAGGAGUCUGGAGGAUGGAUCCCGCCCCUUGUUCUUCCCAGAGGAAGCAUCAGGUCAGCUGCAGUCAAGACAGAAAAGGGCCCCUUGUUUUGCAUGAAAAGCAAAGAUUCCUCCUUGUCCUCACCCUCCUCUCCCCUUGUUCUGCCUCCCCUGACCUUCAGGGUUUGGGAUUGCGUAGUGGGGGGGCCUCAGGUGGUUGCCCAUGCAUCCUGGCCCUACUGUGGCCACUGAUGUCCCUCUCAGGAAUACUUGGCAACAGCCCAGGGCCAUGAUUCUGGGAAAGCUGAGAGAGAGACACCCUGCCUGGUAGGCCUGUUUGUAUGCUGAGUCAGUCUCCAAAGUGGAGUUGAAGGCUUGGGGCCUGGGUCUGAUGCCCCAGAUUUUCCUGCCUAACAAGGGGCCUUCAGGAACCCUGGGCGAGCAAAUGCAUAACCAAAGGGCUUCUGUGUUCAACCUGUCACUGCACUGAUGGGAAACAGAGCCCAGAGAGGGAAAGUAACCUGCCCAAGGCCUUGCAGCCUUACCACAGCUGGGGCUGGCCAGGCUCCACGGCCCCUGCCCACUCCCAGCCCAGGCUCUGGACGCCACACUUAGGGGAAGUAGGGUGCUGGGCUCACACACGAGAGGUCCUGCUGGCUGCCUGCCUGGCGCCGUUCCCUGCCUGCUGCCCACACACACCAACACCAGCAGCAGGGCUCACAGGGGCACAGGGCUGGACCCGCUGCUGCACACACAAAGCACACCACCAUCCGAGGCCUGGGGUGAUGAUGUGACUCCCACAAAGUGCCCAUCAGCCCUUUCCCAGUUUGCAGGGAACUCGGGACUUCAGUCCCAACACAGUACCUGGCAAACUUUGCUGGUCAUGGAAUGUUGGUUUUCCCAUCUUUAAGAAGGCUUUGUGUGCGUUGAGAGUUUUACACGCACUGUCUUGAAUUUUCACAAUCCUUGUGUCUGGGUGAACUCUGGAUAUCUUCUUUGCUUUUGGAGGGCCUCACUCGGAGAAAAGACUCAUGGCCUUUUUGUGAAGACAUGGAAAUGCUGAAUGGCAGCUACAAGGGGCUGUGAGAUACAGAGGGAAGCAGGCCCAGCUGGGACAAGAAGCCCGGACUCCUAGCACCUGGCCCAGCGCCCACUGCUGCCCCAGGCUGUUCAAGUGCAGACUGGGCCCUGAGAGAUGGUCCCAGCUGAGCACAGGCUGGGAGGCAGGGUUUCUGCACAGCCAGCCCAAGUGGAGGAUGGGGCGCUUGGACAGAAGGGCCCCCAGAGAGGGACAGAACUGGGGCGCUGUUCUAGACCACUUGCAGAAUAUAUCUGUUAAAGAAAAGGCUCUUUGAGAAGCUGCAAAGCUCUGCCUUUAACCCCAAACUGGCAUCUUUCCACUGAUCCAUUAGACCCACAAAGAUGGGAAAUUUGACACCAAAAAAAAAAACACACAAAAAAAUGUCAUUCCAAAGUCAGGAGUCAGUAACCUGGGGUCUCCCGAUGCACGCCACCCUACUCCACCGCCUGCCUUCCUGGUCUCCACCCCACCCACCGCCACCACUAGCCAAUCCCUGACGGGCCCGUCUUCCAACACUGAAGCGGUAACCUCCUGACCUCUAGUGGCAAGAGCGAGGAACUGCACCUCCUGGCCCGUGCAUGUCCAGCCUUUGUUCCUUCCCAACCGACAGAACCUCCCGAUGCAUGGACUCUGGCUGUCGUCGACACAGACUCUCGUGCACUGCUUAACACCGUUUUGCUACCAUGUGAUGGCUGCAGAAACCGUCCUUAAACUGCAGCCCCACACACAAUUUUUGUACUUUCAUCUGGCCUACCCGAAGGUGUCCUUUUUAAGUCUUAUUUGUUAAUAUUUAUAUUGACAUAUAAUCCAAAGUAAAUGGAAACGUUCAUUGUGA